AUGAGACUUCGAGUACGAUCAAGUUCUGGAAACGACAUUAUAAACCUAGAUAAUGACUCCGUGGAUGUUGCAGGGUUGUUGAGGGCCAUCAAGAAGUCAGAAAAACUUAAUUUUUCCCCACAAAAUGAUGUAGUUUCGAUCAAACAAGGUUUCCCUCCGAAACUGGUGGAUCACACCAACCAUGACUUGUCGCUCGAAAAGGCUGGUAUAAAGAACGGCGACCUGUUGCUCGUUAGUUUUGGUACCACAAAGGAAUCUGGGGCAAAAAUCACGAACGAACCUAUGGCAAAAAUGGACACGAAUUCAAGUUCUGUUGGCACUGCCUCCACCUCCAGUUUUCAGUCGGAAACAAUUCCGUCGGUAUUUUUGUCGCCAGAGCAUCUCAUACUACGCAACAUUCCUGACGACAACUCUUGUAUGUUCAAUGCAUUGGCUUAUUGCAUUUAUGGACCUGAUUCCUAUAAACCCAAUGGCACUUGUCCUCCGUCAAAAUUACGAAAAAUCAUUGCUGCCGCAUUAACUGCUGACCCAUUUCAGUACGAUGAACUAGUACUAGGCCGUCCCGUCGAGAAAUACAUCGAAUGGAUCCAAACUAAAAAUGCUUGGGGUGGAGCCAUCGAACUAGGCAUUCUUGCUAAACAUUUUCAAAUAAGGAUCAAUUGCAUAGAUAUUGAACUGGGCAGUAUCAUUCGGUUCCAGGAUGAAUCUGACGGAGCGUUGAAGGCUGAGUGUUCGAUUUACUUAGUUUACCUGGGUGUGCACUAUGACGUUAUUGCUUUGAACAAAGUGCUUAGUCUGCAACAUCGACCCGAUGAUGUUUGCAAAUUUGCAAUUGACUCUCCAGUAGAGCAAAAGGUCGAAACUGGAGUUCAUGAGUUGUGUAAGAAGCUCCAAACUCAAAAUUACACCACCAAUACGACAACUUUUAGAGUGCGAUGUUUGGAAUGUUAUAAGAUUCUGGUGGGUGAAACCGGUGCUUCUCGGCACGCCAACGAGACUGGUCAUUAUCUGUUCGGGGAGGUCGAUAAAUAG